GAGCUUCUGUUGCCUUAUACACAUAUACUGAAGGCACCCAGUAAAGAAAAACGCAAAAGUAUUCCAAUGGCUUUCAACUUCUGGCUAGACAUACCAAAGGAAAAAGCAAAAUUCAUAUCAGAUUAUGUUUAUAUGAUACACACGGCUUCAUUAGUGUUGGAUGACGUUUUGGAUAAUACUCCAGUUCGCCGUAACAUUCCGGCUGCACACGUGGUUUAUGGAAUUCCACUUACAAUCAGUGCCUCAAUACAAGUCCUUGUGAUUUCGUUGAAAAAGCUGCUGACUCUAGGACAUCCUCAGAUCGCAUCAUCUUUUUCCGACAAUAUUUUGGAAGCAUUCCGGGGUCAAGGAAAGGAAAUCUACUGGAGAGAUAAUUUUCAAUGUCCAACUGAAGAACAGUACGAACAUAUGAUAGAACAGAAGACCGGCCACGUGUUCAAUCUGUUUGUUAGCUUGAUGUCAUUAUUUAGCAAUAACAAGACGGACUAUUCUCACCUCGCCAAGCUCCUGGGCACUUACUUUCAGCUUAUUGACGAUUAUUGCAACAUUACGAAGACUGAGGCAUUAGAAGAAUGGACAGAUGCAGAUAAAAACCAGGAACAGAACAACCAAUAUUUCUAUGAAGAUCUGACAGAGGGCAAAUUCACUCUGCCAAUCAUACACGCCGCAAAACAAAAUGGAGGCGAAGCUGUUUUGGAUAUUCUCCGGCAACGAACCACUGAUGAAAGUCUUAAGAAGCAAUGCGUUUUGCUUCUGGAAGAGCUUGGCAGUCUGCAGUAUACGAAAGAUAGAAUAUUACAACUUGAACGCAUGAUUCGGAUUGAGAUAGAAAAUUUCGGCGGUAAUCCAGAAUUAUCUGCAAUACUAGACGAGAUGGCUUCUAAUAUUUAAGGUUUAAGAUUAAUAUAAUUUCCUUUGCAUUGUGUAAAAUCAUAUUAUUUAAAUUUAAUGUGUCGGUUACAUUAACGUAUCAGAAUAAUUAAACGUAUCAAUUUA